AUGAAGAUUAAGGUGAUAUCGAGAUCGGUUGAUGAAUUCACCCGAGAAAGAAGUCAGGAUCUUCAGCGCGUCUUUCACAACUUCGACCCCAGUCUUCGACCAAUGGAGAAGGCCGUUGAAUACCAGAGAGCUCUCACAGCUGCCAAAUUAGAGAAGAUAUUUGCAAGACCGUUUAUUGAUGCAAUGGAUGGGCAUCGAGAUGGAAUCUCUUGUAUGGCGAAGAACCCUAAUUACCUGAAAGGAAUCUUCUCUGCUUCUAUGGAUGGAGAUAUUCGCCUUUGGGAUAUUGCUACCAGGCGCACAGUAUGCCACUUUCCUGGUCAUCAAGGUGCUGUGCGUGGACUUACAGCAUCAACUGAUGGCAAAGUAUUGGUUUCUUGCGGAGUUGAUUCCACUGUUCGUUUGUGGAAUGUUCCCCGUCCUUCGCUUGAAGAUUCUAGCAGUUCAUCUGAAAACGCCGUUGAGCCAUCUGAGGUCUAUGUCUGGAAGAAUGCGUUCUGGGCUGUUGAUCAUCAGUUUGAAGGUGAACUUUUUGCUACGGCUGGAGCUCAACUAGACAUAUGGAAUCAUAAUAGGUCUCAGCCAGUUCAGAGUUUCCAAUGGGGAAAUGACUCUGUAAUAUCUGUCCGGUUUAAUCCUGGAGAGCCUGAUAUAUUGGCAACAUCUGCUAGUGAUCGUAGCAUAACCAUUUAUGAUAUUCGCAUGGCCAAUGCGGCAAGGAAAAUUAUCAUGAUGACGAAAACAAAUUCAAUCGCAUGGAACCCUAUGGAGCCGAUGAACCUGACAGCUGCUAAUGAAGAUGGCAAUUGCUAUAGCUUUGACGGUAGGAAGUUGGACGAAGCCAAGUGUGUGCAUAAAGAUCAUGUUUCUGCAGUGAUGGAUAUUGAUUUUUCACCUACUGGUCGUGAAUUUGUUACGGGUUCUUAUGAUCGAUCGGUGAGAAUCUUCCCAUACAAUGGAGGACACAGCAGGGAAAUCUACCACACAAAGAGAAUGCAGAGAGUAUUCUGUGUCAAGUACAGCUGCGAUGCUACCUACAUUAUAUCAGGCAGUGAUGACACUAAUCUCAGGCUAUGGAAGGCCAAAGCAUCAGAGCAGUUGGGAGUCAUACUUCCAAGGGAACAGAAGAAGCAUGAGUACAAUGAGGCUGUGAAGAACCGGUACAAACAUCUUCCUGAGAUCAAGCGUAUUGUCAGGCACAGGCACUUGCCGAAACCAAUAUACAAAGCAAGAGGGAUUAUUCAAGCCGUUAACGAUUCAAAGAGGAGGAAACAGGCCCGAGUUAAAGCUCACAGUGCUCCAGGAAAAGUUAUCGCCAAACCUUAUCGUCGAAGCAGGAUCAUCAAAGAAGUGGAGUGA